AAUACCACAGGAGUAUAUAGCUCUCUUAAAGUCCCUUUCCAAAAGUUAUCAUGAUAAGUUUGGUGUUUUUGGCAGGUCAGGUAAAAAUACAAGGGGUGAUGCCCCUUCAGAGUGAAAAUAUACACCAAAAAUAAAACGCCGAGAGCACCAUUUAAGCGUUUGGUACGAAAUACCCACAAAUAAAAGCUUUUUUGGUAUUUUUUUAACUGCUAUUUUUUUGGCGUUUUUGCUAUGGAAUUGGGACCCCUAAAAUUCUCUGUGUGACCCUGGGGGUAAACUUGUAGCCAAAACGUUAUUACGAGGGGGUAAACAUACGUAUGAAAAUGAAGUAAAGGUGUGGUAAAAAUAUAUUUCCCGGGCAGGAACGUGUAGUUGAUAUGUUUAGAACUAAGAAAAGAUAAACGUAAGGUCUACUGGGAGAGAAAGGAUGGGAAUCAGCAAGGACCAAGCAUUUUAUACGACGGAAUACCGUUUGUACACGUUGGGGAGAAAGUGAUGUGGUGCCAUCAAGGAAAAGAUAAGAAUGAAAAGGCUAAACAAAAAAAUAAGGAGAAAGCUCAGGAGUGCCAGAAUGCUGACCACUGUUAUAGUUCUAAAAAAAGAACCUUUGCUCAAACGUCAAAAAAGAAGCAAUGCCCAGCUGCAAUAUUCAUCACUCAAAUUGCAAAAUUUCCAAAUAUGAAGAUUGAAAAAGACAGCUUAUUCUUCAGACGAAGAGCAGCAAAGAUAUUGCACGAAGGGUUGACGGCAAGCACAAUCGCAGCUGCCGACGUUCAAAUGAAUUAUAUCGUGAAGUUACCACCUGUAUCUGAACAUAAAUAUCACAUAAUGGGAAAGGCUGCUGGAAUAAGAGAGCCACUGGACCCGGUUAUAGUGGAAAAACUUUCAGAGCUAGCCCAAGAAGGUGUCCACUCAGUAAGUGAGGCACGCAGGUACCUCGAGCUUUUCGUGCAAUGUGACCUCUUCAAGGGAUGUAAACCGCCAGACAAAACUAGUAGGCGAUAUUAUCCUACUAACAAGGACAUUUAUAAUCAUUUGUACAAAGGAAAACCAGACAAUUUCUCCACAAUUGACCAAGAAAAUUUGAAGAGACUGGUCGAAAAAUGGAAGAAUGAGCAUCCAGAAGACUCAUUUCUCUAUCGUCCCCAUUGUGCUAAGCCAAACGAAUGUUUGUUAUGA